GGGAGAGAAAAAGAGAGUGAAAUGUUAAACUCCAUCAGAUCUCCGUCUAUCACAGUACCCAUCCACACAGGCUGGCCUUGCCCUCUGAUUCACCCAGGAUUAUAACCUCCGAGUCGGACAUGGACGAUGCCAAAGCCCCCUCUGACACUCUGGUGUUGGUGUUUAAAGAAGACCCUGCGCUGACAGAGAUGAUGCGCCUCCGUGUGUCAUCUUUGCAGCGCUCAGGGCAGAAGCGUCAGGACGGCGAGCGCCUGCUUCUCCCCCAUGAGGCCGUGUAUCGUUUGGACUUCCCUACCCAGGAGCUCAACUUCUCUCGCUGGCACUUCUCCCUCACUGCCCACGGCCGUGUCACCAUCACCGGUAUUUGUCAACACUGGACCCCUGACCUCACCCACCUGAUGACCCGGCAGCUGCUAGAACCCAUCGGAACAUUUUGGCGAAAUGCUGACGAUCCGAAGGAUUCGCCGCUCAAGUGGCUGGAGGCGGACAUGCAGGAGUUUGGCGAGCGGAUUGCUGAGCUGGCCAAGGUCAGGAAGGUCAUGUACUUCCUGUUUGCUUUCAAGGAAGCUGCGGAGGCCGCAAAUGUCAGCUGCUCGGUAGAGUUCACACUAGAAAAAUGACUCUUCACUAUCUCUCAGUAGAGUCCUUUUAGAGAAGCACCACAAUAUUUUGUUCAGUCUUUGACCUUUAAAAUACAUCACAGUAGAGCUGAAAGAUACUUUAAAUCUCUUCAAAUAAAAAAAAUACAUUGUCUUAAAUAUUCUCACAAAAACUCAUUCUCUGAGUCUCACUUUUACUUCUAACAGCAAUGUAACAAGAGCAUAGUUCCACUUUCUCUGUGCACAUUAAUGCUUUUUUUGCCACAUUUCAUUCAAACAU